AUGGAAUAUGGUCAAAAUAAUGUAUAUAUAAACUCAAAUUCAUCAUCAAAAUUUAUCAAUAACUUAUAUCAGUAUGUGCUAAAAAUAUUGAUUUUAGAAUAUAUUAAUCAGCCAAAAUUUAAACAAAUAGCGACACUUUCCUCCACAUAUGAAAGUGAUACCUCACAAAAUAGUAAUUCUGUUAUAGCCUUAAUGUCAGUCCAACAAAAUACUUUAAUUGAUGACGAUGAAUCAAGGCUGACAGAAAUAUUGAAGCAAUCAUUGAAGAAUUAUUUAUAUGAUGUUACUAUUAACCGGAAAAAGGUAGAUAAUUCAAUCUUUAGAAGAUGUCUUUUGAAAUUAAAUAAUGAUUUAUUUAUGGACAGUUUAAUGGAGUCGACUUUAACUCAUAUGAGCAAUGUUGAAGAUUUAAUAGUAUAUUUCACUAAAGCAGCUAAUAAUGAAUUAAAAAAGUUACCAAUUGAAAAUACUCGCGAAGAAUUGUACAAACAAAUAUCUAGCUUUGUUGAUCUCAUAAUUAAAUUAUUACCCCAAAGUAGUUCAACAGAGUAUAUCAAAAAAUUAGAAGAGUAUAAAAAUACAAUGAAACUAUCCAAAAUGCAGAUGAAGAGACAUAGUGUAGUAUUUGGUCAAAGUAGAGUGAGUUCAUUACCAGUGGAUUCUCAAUCAAAAAUUCUGAAUCAAGAAGUUAAAUACAGUCAAAGAAAACCAACUUUUGUAAUUGAUGAGAUACCAUAUUCAGAUUAUUUUUGUAAACUUUUUGCUAUGGAUAAACUAGUGGUUCAACAGGAUAUCAUCAAAUUAAUUCCAGAAGCUUCAAAUUUUAAUAUCUAUAAAGAUUAUACAACUAUACAACGUAAUUUAAAAAAUGGUACAGGAUUUUUCUCUGAGAAUGAUUUUUUGCAGAAACAAAGUUAUGAAAGAUGGCAAUCACAACAACUGCAUUCUAUUGAUGAACUUUUAUUAAAAUUUGGAACUAUCAGAAGGGCUUCCGAUUCUUCUAAGAGGGAAAAUGUAAUAGUACCACCGAAUCCGAGGGUGUUACUUCAGGCUUUAUUUAGCUUGGUUUUGAGAUUGGAAUCAACUAGUGGAAUAAACUGUUUGAGUUUUUCCCAAUCUGCAUCUUUUUUUAUUUUCAAAAUUGCUAAAUAUUGGUUACAAAAUUAUCCAUCAACUUUAUCUGCAUUAUUGUUUGCUGCAAUUAACCAGAAUAAUCUUAAAUAUGAAGAAAUUAAUAUUCCUUUAAUGGAAAGCAUGUUUAGUAUAAUUGAAAAUAAGAUUUUAAAGGUGCAAGAAAGGGAUAUAGAUUUUAAUGAUUGGAAUGCAUCAGAUAUUAAGCUAUGGGAAAACAAUAUUAAGAUAACUGCUAAUAAAUGUUUUAAAACAAUCGAUAAUUUAUUAUCUGGAUUAUAUGCAAAAACUAAACCAAAAUUUUCGUCUGUAUUAGUAUUUUAUUAUAGAUAUAUUUAUGACAGUUCAAGAUCUUCUCUUGACGCUGGAUAUCUCAAGAUAUUUAAGAAUACAAUUUUUAAAACCAGUGAAGAAUAUUACUAUGGUCUUUUAAAGACUUUGCCAAAAGAUGGUACUUUUACUACUAAAGACUUCCAAAAUAUUUGUGAGUUAAUAAUUAAAGAAAUUUCGUUAAUUCAGAAAAAGUAUACAAAACCCCUAUUGGAUAAGAUUAACAUUGCCACUGAAUGUGCAAAAAUGUUAACGUCUGCAGUAUCUAUAGAUACACCUUUAAUGAUUGAACAAAUUCAAAAGUCAUCAAAAUCGAAAAAUACUGUUAUUUCACCGGUUGAUGCACUAGAGUUAUAUUCAGUUUUAAAGGAAAUAAGAAAUAUCUCUCAACAAGUAAAUACCAUGGAAAAUAAUUUGUCCAAUUUAGAAUCUACAUUUAGUAAAUAUUUAAUUAAAUUUUCAAAGAAUAUUUCUAAAGAAAUAAGUAAAACGUGUAUCAAUGCACUAAAGGUAGAAAAAUGGGAACCUUUAAAUGGUGAUAUUUUUUACAGUUCUUCAGUUCUUGAUAUUUUCAAAAUGGUAAAUGAAUCGUUAAAUUUGUUGCAGAAUUUUGAUUGGAACUAUGAUUAUACAUAUGCAAUUAGUAUUGCAUUAUUGUUGCAAGCAUUUUCCAAUGGUAUUUAUCAAUACUGCAUAACCGUUGUUGAUAUAAUACGAAAAAGUUUGAAAGAAAGUUCGGUGGAUUCUGACCAGUCUUUUCAAAAUCAAGAAGAGGAAGUAUUAGCUACUCACCAAUCAAAUAAAUGGAAUCUUCAUACAAUAAGGAAUGCCCUUCUUGCGUCAGCUGAAGAUUCAGUUCCCAAAGCAUACAAAUUUAAGAGAAUAGUUUGUACUAUACUUAACAAUAUUGACAUGAUGAUUACUCUGCUAGAAAAAUUAGAAACAAAAAUUGAUGCUAGUAAACUGUCUGAAGUUAUAAACAAGGAUUCAAUAGAAAAGAAAAGCUCAGUGUCGACACAAACAUCAGUAAAUAUUUAUACAAUCAGAGUAAAAAGCGCAAAUAAUAUAAGAGGUUAUAGUAGUAAUGGUUUAUCAAACAGCUCAGUAUCAAUAAUUCAUAGUGAAAAGCACAAAACAAUAGGGGAAACUAUUAUUUAUCCUAAUUCAAAUAAUCCAAUUUGGGAUCAAGAAUUUGAUCUACGUGCAAGGACAGAUAGUGCAGUGACUUUAGUAUUUAAUGUAUUUCACUUUCCUGGGAGGUUCAAAUUGGUAAGAAAAAAUGAGCUUUGUGGAAAAGUAACUUUAUCACUAAACUCUAAAGAGUUUGUAGACGAUGGUCUGCCAACUGCUAAAACCCUUUGUUUAGAUACACAAGGUGAGUUAAAUGUUGAGAUAACUCUAGAAAAUGAAAAGUUAGAUCCAUUAUUUGGUAUAGGUAAAGCUUACAGAAUAUUAUCGAGAACGAGAGAUGAAAUACUUGAACAAAUAGUAAAUAAAUUUACACCUUUUGUUGAUUAUACAUUCUCUAAAGAAGGUUUAAAGCAAGUUUGUGGUUCUAAUGGAAUUUUAAAAAGUACAGAAAACGAUGUAUAUUCUGCUGUUAUUCCAUUGUUUAAUUAUUUAAAUGAAAAUUUGAAUAUUCUUGCACAGUCUUUGACACAAGAGUUACUUUAUAUGGUUAUGUUAAAAGUUUGGAAUAGAUUACUAAGAACAGCUGAUAUUUUAUUAUUGCCCCAACUGGGUAUUGCGAAACACAAAUUAGCGCAGGCUAAGAAAGCUUUAUGGAAUAUUGGGAAUACUUCAAAUAUUAUGGGUUAUGGAAGGCCGCUGACUAAUAUUGAAAUGGAAAUUGUGUUUACAUGGUUAGAUGCUUUAUGUGUUGAUUUUUUUUAUAAUGAUGGGGAAGGGCCUCCAUUAGAGAGCUUGAAGAAUACGCAAUAUCAAAAUUUACUGUUAAUUCCUAUUUACUAUGAUAAACCUGUGACAGAACUGAAAAAGGAGAUUUCUCAGUUAACGCCACUUUAUUUUAAAUAUAUCGAUAAGUUAACUGAGUCAUCACAAAUUGAAGUCAGUCGGCAUUUAACAACAGUCCAACGGAGAAAGACUAUAAUGGCCAAUUCCUCGAAGGCUAAACGAUCACAAUAUGAGAAAGAGUUUAAUUUAAUAGAAAAAAGUAGCCAAGAGAGGGCAUAUACAACGUUAAAUAUUCUUUUAAGAAUACUUAUUUCAAAAGGUGAAUUAGAAUAUGUUUAUAAACAACUUCAUGAAAGGAAGUUAAAAAUAAAACAAAUAAAUAUUGAUGCUUUGGUUAAUCAGGUAUCUCAAGGUAAGAAGAUUCGGUAUAAAGAGAGUGUGGAUGUAUAG